UCUCUCUCUCACUCACUCUCACUCUCUCUCUCUCUCUCUCUCUCUCUCUCUCUCAGCCACGCGCAUUUUCCUCCUGAGUGAUUCCGUCCUAUCCCUGCUACCACAAUAGAGACGCAAACCUUCGCGUCUCCUCCUGAAGUCCCACCCGUUUGUUUUCAACGCCCAAUGGCACUCGACUAAUCACAUCAUCCAGCCCCCGCGCCUACACGCUAACUGCGUCUCUCCGUUCCCACAAUGCUUUGUUUGGCGGGAUGGUCAGAGCUUGAAUGCGCGGCUACUGUCAUCGGGUACAGUAGAUGAAGUAUGUGCCCGCCUGGCGGAGGGAAGGGCAGUUGUGAUUGGAAGAAAUGCUGUUCAGAUCAAGAAGAACAUUUACCAGAAGAAUCAUCCGAAUGGAAAUAAGGGAACUAACUGCUCUUCUUGAGAUGGCAUUUAUUUAAGGAAAUAUGUUAACAGAUCACCAAGAGAGGUUGUUGUCAUACAAUGGGGAACUCCUUAUUUUCCAGCUGUCAAAAGGAAAAUCCUCACAGGGCAGCGAUACCAAAUUAACCCAAUUACAUGUCAGAAGAAUGACUUUUGACAGUUGUACUAAACUGUUUACUGAGACAUCUACUGGAUCAUUUAGCAAGUGUGAAGAAGGUGUUGAAAUGAUCCAUUGCAGCUGUGCAUCUGACUUCAGGACAGGCAUUCUUCACCCCUGUAUUCUAUUGAAAAAGAAGAAAAAGAAGAACACUAAAUAUUUUUUACUGUUGCUUCAUAACUUCAAUAAAUUUGAGCUGGUUCUGCAUUUUAAAUUGGAUUAUGAACUGAAAGAACCCAUAAAGUUGGUUGCUGGCCCAACAGUUUUAUGGAGCCAUGCAAAAAAACUAUUUCAUAUUUCUCCCCAAACCUGCACUGUAUUAUGUGCCCCUGUUCAGUUUUGUUCCAUCAAAUGGGCGGGUGAGAUUGAGGGUGAGGGUGUUGUUGUUUUGGGAAUAAGAGCUGCUUGUUUGCCAGAGGGAGGCAAUGAGCAAAGUGUUGCCAAAUCAGAUGCAUUCAUCUGGGGUAACGAGUGUUUUGUCUAUGCACUAGAGAAACAGCAAGUGCUAACAAAUGCCAGUUUUCUGCCUCAUGCAUAUGGCAGUGUGGUAUCUUGUGUGCAUGUUUGCAAAGUUGAAGUAGUAAGAAGCAAGUUUAGGACGUCAGUUGUUGUAGUCACAUGCAAAAGCCAGUUGAUCUUCUUCCAAGAUGGUUUGCCUAAAGAUGUUCACCAGCUUCCCUAUGAGAAUCCUUGUUCCAUACUAGUAGCUGCUGUGGAAGGAAGCAGCCAGUUGUUGGUGGUAACAUUUGCUUCAGGAGAUGUGUGUGCUAUAUGGAAACAUAAUUUGCAGGUGGCAUCUUCCUGGAAAAAUGUGACAUCUGUUCUGGUAGAUGAUUUUGCUGGCAUUGGAACUGAACAAAUCUUAGUUCUUCUAAAGACUGACUCUGUUUCAGAAAGUUUAAAUACAUUCCAAAUAACAGAUUUUGGAAACAUUAAUUAUGCGAGUAACAUCAGCUAUGAAGAUGACUCAUAUUCUGGAGAAGAGCUACAAAAUAAUCACUUUCUUACUAUCAAAGGACUUGAAGCAAGAUUGCAGGCUGUCUUUGGUUCCGUUCGAGAGUUACAACAGCAUUUAAAACUUAAAGAAAAGGUUCUGAUGGAAAGUUGUGCAGCAUUAAUUGACCUUGUUCAAGAUCGAAAAUGUAGUCUUCCAAGUGCAGAGAAGGAAGGUCUUGUUUCUCUCUGGGAUGAAACAGAAAAAAUGUCUGAUAAUUGUACCUCAACUCCAUCUAUAGACAAAGAACAAUAUGUAGAGGAGGUUUGGUACCGUGUUGUGGAGGACAACUUAGUAGUUGGAGUAAAACUAAUGGAAACAUUUGACAUGCUGUUCAAUGAUGUCAGUUUAUCUUUGAUAAUGGAUCAGAAAUGCCCUUCUGUUUUUCCAACUAAGUGCCAGUGUCAUGUAGUUACACUGAAGAAAGCUGCGCUGGCAGAACCUGCAUCACAUUGGCAACUGGAACCACUGCCUAAAAGGAUCAAGUUAGAUUGCCAUAAUGGAAAGGAAUGUCAUGGAGGACCUUCUCAGGUGAAGGCAGAUACAAAAAAAGUCUUUACUGCAGUUGCCCACCUGCCCCCUUUCUUAGCAUUGCAUCAAGUAGGUUGCAUAGUAUUGUUACAUGCAAAGAAGAAAAACCGCAAAGAUGAAAAUCCAAAUAAAAGCAAAAAAAUUACAUUAUCAUGUGGGAAUAUUUUAUUAAGUCUGAUUGAGAUUUCUACUGGAAAAUAUUCAACAAGUGUGAAAGAUUAUAAAUAUACAGGCUCUAUAAAUGAUCUUGUUGCACUUUGUGCAGUAUCACUCAAACUGUCAUUUCAAAUAACCUCCUUUGACUGCACGUUGAUUUCUAUAAACACAUGGCUACAGGAACAAAUGGAGUGUGCACCAAUCAAGGAAUAUCCUGAUUUUUUGGUCUGUUGUAAAUCUGGAAAUCUGAGUGGCACUCUCUUGCAGUGGAAUCUCAUAACACCAUUCAAAGGAACUUUAACGGUAUUUUGCAGACAUCAAACUAUUUUAUUUCAGUGUCUUCAUAACCUCAUUGGAUCAUUGCCACCAACCUGUAAGAUAAAGCCACUAAGGUUAGGAAGCAAGAAGGUACCUGUUGAACAGCUUGCACUAGCUUUAGAAAAGGAAAUGGUCACUCUCCGGCACUCUUGCUCUGCAGCUCUAUGCCAAACUGAAAACCAUUUAUCUCUGAAUUAUGAGGGAAGCAAAGAAACAAACAGUGCAUCUGCAGUGGAACACUUCAGAGAAGAGUUUAAGAAGGAGCAGAAGCAAUGCAUGCUGGGUAUGAACCGAACAGUCAGUGGUGCCUCAUACAGAGUACUUAUUUUAAAUUUAUUUGAAUCACAGCUGAAUUCUGACACAGUUGCAAGGCAAUGCUCUUCACUCUUCUAACUCCAUAUUGAAUUACUUCUUAACUAAAGUUAUAAUGUGGUGCACUCCACCUUUAAUUCCUUAUGGUGAAAAUAACGUUUCCAUUAGUGCUUUCAUUCCUGUUCAGCAACUGACCAAUUGUAAAGAAAUUGUUCUGCAAAACCUCAAAAGGCUGUAGCAAAAUGACUGGCUGAGCAAAGGUAUGAUUAUCAAUAAACUACCGUUUGUCAGUA